GACAAAAAAAAACUGUGCUUAGUUUAUUUUACACGUAAGAACAUCUGGAAACAGUCAGGAGAUAGCGCUCAGAGAGCCCUUCCAGCGUUCGUAGGGAAUGGCCUGAAAGACUGCAUGUUUUCUUUUCUCCGUCUAUUUUCCACGCUUCGUUAGGACCUUCCCCCGCCCCCCACUUUUAGCCGUUCCUUACUUAUAUACAGUAAGACAGGAUUUAACCCUCAGAGAGUUGCCCUGGAUCUUUUCCCUCCUCCCAUAAUAUCCACUGAACAGAGUGAAAGCGAGCUUGGAAUGUGUAUGAUGUGCUCUCUGUGAAGCCCCGGAUGUAGUCAGGAUGUGUUGUGAGAAAGAGGGAGGUAUAGAGGAUCAGUUACUUGCGUUUUAUUGUAAUAAUGGGGAUCAGGUAAUCGCCGUUCGUGGAACAAAAAAAAAUUGGCAUAUUUAAAUGGUGAAUGAAAAGGAAAGGAUGUAUAUUCCCGAGGAAAACCAUCAAGGCACCAACUAUGGUAGCAGCCGAACUGUAUUUGCCCAUGGCCUUCCAAAUGCCAGGACGGACGGUCUGGCACCAGAGCACAUCCCAAGUCCUGGAGCUGCCUUGUCGUGGCAAGCAGCCAUCGACGCAGCCAGACAAGCCAAAGCCGCUGCGAUGAUGGGCAACAAUAUGGUCUCUACGGUCAACUCAACCCAAAGGAAAAGGCAACAGUAUAGCAAGCAGAAAAAACAAGCUAACGCCGCGACCACACGUCCACCACGGGCUCUCUUCUGCUUGACACUCAAAAACCCUCUGAGGCGAGCAUGUAUCAAUAUUGUCGAAUGGAAGCCCUUCGAAAUAAUUAUUCUGCUAACUAUUUUCGCUAAUUGUGUGGCCUUAGCCGUCUAUAUACCUUUCCCAGAGGACGACUCGAAUGCAACCAAUUCCAAUCUGGAACGGGUGGAAUAUCUCUUUCUCAUCAUUUUCACAGUGGAAGCAUUUUUGAAAGUAAUAGCUUAUGGGCUUCUGUUUCACCCUAAUGCGUACCUCAGGAAUGGCUGGAAUUUACUAGAUUUCAUUAUAGUGGUUGUAGGGCUUUUUAGUGCUAUUUUAGAACAAGCAACCAAAGCAGAGGGAAUUAACCCAAUUGGAGGUAAAGCUGCUGGAUUUGAUGUCAAAGCUCUAAGAGCAUUCAGAGUCCUACGACCAUUACGCCUAGUGUCUGGUGUUCCUAGCCUCCAGGUGGUGUUAAAUUCAAUCAUCAAGGCCAUGGUCCCAUUGCUACACAUUGCUUUGUUGGUGCUGUUUGUAAUUAUCAUCUAUGCCAUUAUAGGAUUAGAACUCUUUAUGGGCAAAAUGCACAAAACCUGCUUAUUUAAUGAAACAGAUACAGUUGCUGAAGAGGAACCUGCACCCUGUAGCUUAAAUAUUGGACAUGGUCGUCGAUGUUCAAAUGGCACAUUGUGUAAAAGUGGAUGGGUUGGCCCCAAUGAUGGAAUCACUAACUUCGAUAACUUUGCGUUUGCUAUGUUAACCGUAUUUCAGUGCAUCACCAUGGAGGGGUGGACUGAUGUCUUAUACUGGAUGCAGGAUGCCAUGGGCUAUGAGCUACCGUGGGUCUAUUUUGUGAGUCUGGUCAUCUUUGGAUCCUUCUUUGUUCUAAACCUGGUUCUUGGUGUAUUAAGCGGAGAGUUUUCCAAAGAAAGGGAGAAGGCCAAAGCUCGAGGUGAUUUUCAAAAGUUAAGAGAGAAACAACAGUUAGAAGAAGAUCUCAAAGGCUACCUGGACUGGAUUACCCAAGCUGAAGAUAUAGAUCCAGAGAAUGAAGAUGAAGGAAUGGAUGAAGAUAAACCUAGAAAUCUGAGCAUGCCCACUAGUGAAACUGAGUCUGUGAAUCAUGAGAAUGUGGCUGGGGCAGAAUUGGAAGAUUUGAACUGCUGCACAAAAGUUGGGCAUCGAAUUUCCAAGUCCAAGUUCAGUCGAUAUUGGCGAAGAUGGAACCGAUUUUGCAGAAGAAAAUGUAGAGCUGGAGUGAAAUCUAGUGUGUUUUAUUGGCUUGUAAUAUUUCUUGUUUUCUUGAACACCCUCACUAUUGCCUCCGAACACUACAACCAGCCUGAAUGGCUUACUCUAGUUCAAGACACUGCAAACAAAGUCCUUUUGGCACUUUUCACUGGCGAAAUGCUACUCAAGAUGUACAGCCUUGGACUUCAAGCUUAUUUUGUAUCACUUUUUAACCGCUUUGACUGUUUCAUUGUCUGUGGGGGAAUCCUUGAGACUAUUCUAGUGGAGACCAAAAUUAUGUCCCCACUUGGUAUUUCAGUGCUUCGCUGUGUGCGACUUCUGAGAAUAUUUAAAAUUACAAGAUAUUGGAAUUCCUUGAGUAACUUGGUAGCUUCCCUCUUGAAUUCAGUUCGAUCAAUUGCAUCUUUGUUGCUGCUCCUGUUCCUUUUUAUUAUAAUUUUUUCACUCUUGGGAAUGCAACUUUUUGGAGGAAAGUUUAAUUUUGAUGAGAUGGAAACAAAACGGAGUACAUUUGAUAACUUUCCUCAGUCCCUUCUCACUGUCUUCCAGAUUCUUACAGGUGAAGACUGGAAUUCAGUGAUGUAUGAUGGCAUAAGGGCAUAUGGAGGGCCAUCAUUCCCAGGAAUGCUGGUUUGUAUUUACUUCAUCAUCCUAUUCAUCUGUGGGAACUAUAUACUAUUAAAUGUAUUCUUGGCCAUCGCUGUAGACAAUCUGGCUGAUGCUGAAAGUUUGACUUCUGCCCAGAAGGAGGAGGAAGAAGAGAAAGAACGCAGAAAGCUAGCAAGGAACUCUAGUCCAGAAAAAUCAACUGAUAAUGAAAAGCAACCAAUAGAUGAGGAGAAGAAAUUGGAGAAAAUUGAACUAAAGACGAUCACUGCAGAUGGAGAUGUGCCUCCUGCUACAAAGAUUGAAUUGGAAGACUAUCAGGUUGAGGACAAUGAGGAGAAGAAUCCUUAUCCUACCAAUGAAUUCCCAGGGGAUGAAGAUGACGAGGAACCAGAAAUGCCUGUAGGACCACGUCCUCGGCCACUCUCUGAACUGCAUAUAAAAGAGAAGGCUGUUCCCAUGCCCGAUGCCAGUGCAUUCUUUGUCUUCAGUACUACAAACAGAUUCCGGGUACUGUGCCACAGGAUCGUCAAUGACAACAUUUUUACAAAUCUCAUCUUGUUCUUCAUCCUCAUGAGUAGUAUUUCUUUGGCAGCAGAAGAUCCUGUCCACCAGAACACCAGAAGAAAUCAAGUGCUUACCUAUGCAGAUUAUGUCUUCACUAGUAUCUUCACAGUAGAGAUUAUAUUAAAGAUGACCGCCUAUGGUGCAUUCAUUCACAAAGGCUCCUUCUGCAGGAAUUAUUUCAACAUACUUGACCUGGUUGUGGUUAGCGUCUCUCUCAUAUCGUUUGGAAUGGACUCCAGCGCAAUAGCAGUAGUAAAGAUUCUCAGAGUGCUGCGAGUAUUAAGACCUUUGAGAGCCAUUAACAGAGCAAAGGGAUUGAAGCACGUUGUUCAAUGUGUGUUUGUGGCCCUGAGAACCAUUGGUAAUAUUGUGAUAGUCACCACAUUACUACAGUUCAUGUUUGCUUGUAUUGGUGUGCAGCUCUUCAAGGGGAAACUCUACACAUGCUCAGAUGGAUCCAAACAGAGAGAGUUUGAAUGCAAAGGGCAGUAUAUUUUGUACAAAGAUGGAGAUGUAAAUCAGCCAAUGAUAAGAGAUCGAAAAUGGGAGAAUAGUGAAUUCAACUUUGAUGAUGUCCCCUCUGCAAUGAUGGCUCUAUUCACUGUCUCAACCUUUGAAGGAUGGCCACAGUUGCUUUAUCGAGCCAUCGAUUCUCAUACAGAGGAUGCAGGUCCAAUUUACAACUACAGAGUGGAGAUAUCAAUCUUCUUCAUCAUCUAUAUCAUCGUUAUUGCUUUCUUCAUGAUGAAUAUUUUUGUAGGUUUUGUCAUCGUCACAUUUCAGGAGCAGGGGGAACAGGAAUACAAAAACUGUGAACUGGAUAAAAAUCAGCGUCAGUGUGUUGAAUAUGCCUUGAAGGCUCGGCCUCUUCGGCGGUAUAUCCCGAAGAAUACUUACCAGUAUAAAGUGUGGUAUGUGGUAAAUUCCACCUACUUCGAAUACCUGAUGUUUGUCUUGAUCCUCCUGAAUACAAUCUGCUUGGCUAUGCAGCACUAUGGCCAAUCACAGACAUUUGGUCAAGCCAUGGAUGUCCUUAAUAUGCUCUUCACCGGGCUGUUCACAGUUGAAAUGAUUUUGAAGUUAAUUGCAUUCAAGCCCAGAGGUUACUUUAGUGAUCCCUGGAAUGUUUUUGACUUCCUCAUCGUAAUUGGCAGCAUAAUAGACGUCAUUCUGAGUGAGAUCAAUCACUAUUUUUGUGAUGCAUGGAAUAUAUUUGACGCCUUAAUUGUUGUGGGUAGCGUUGUUGAUAUAGCUAUCACAGAGGUGAACGUAAGUAACCAUCUCAAUGAACAUGCCUGCUCCACUUCUGUUUGUUAUACUUCUAUUCAUAUACAAUUUUAUGUUUGUAAUGUCAUCCUUUUUCCUGCCCCUAAGCCUGUUGCACUCCACAGUUUCAAGGAGGUGAUGAAAGAAUUAGGUGAAAUAAUGGGUGCUGACAGUCAGUUAAUGGUAUUUUCACUUUCAUUGCAGGCACUGCCAUACGUUGCUCUUCUAAUUGUUAUGUUGUUCUUCAUCUAUGCUGUGAUUGGAAUGCAAGUGUUUGGUAAGAUUGCCAUGAUUGAUGGGACUCAAAUCAACAGGAACAACAAUUUUCAAACCUUCCCACAGGCUGUUCUGUUGCUCUUCAGAUGUGCUACAGGUGAGGCCUGGCAGGAGAUCAUGUUAUCUUGUCUCCCAGGAAGACAUUGUGAAAAAGAGCCAACGCGUCAUGAAACAGAGCUUAACUGUGGAACUUAUUUUGCUUUCUUCUACUUUGUUAGUUUCUACAUGCUGUGUGCCUUCUUGAUUAUCAACCUCUUUGUAGCUGUAAUCAUGGAUAAUUUUGAUUAUUUAACCCGUGAUUGGUCUAUUCUUGGUCCACAUCAUCUGGAUGAAUUUAAGAGAAUCUGGGCUGAGUACGAUCCUGAGGCCAAGGGUCGCAUCAAGCACUUAGAUGUGGUUACUCUCCUGAGAAGGAUACAACCGCCUUUGGGAUUUGGCAAGUUGUGUCCACAUAGAGUGGCCUGCAAACGCUUGGUAUCCAUGAAUAUGCCUUUAAACAGUGAUGGCACAGUCAUGUUCAAUGCAACUCUCUUUGCAUUGGUUCGCACUGCAUUAAGGAUCAAAACUGAAGGUAAUUUGGAACAAGCAAACGAAGAACUUCGAGCAAUUAUUAAAAAAAUCUGGAAACGUACAAGCAUGAAAUUGUUGGAUCAGGUCGUGCCACCAGCAGGAGAUGAUGAAGUUACUGUUGGAAAAUUCUAUGCUACAUUCUUAAUCCAGGAUUACUUCAGAAAAUUCAAAAAGCGCAAAGAACAAGGCAUUGUUGGGAAGGCAGUGCAGAAAAAUGCAUUGUCUCUACAGGCAGGUCUGCGUACCUUACAUGACAUUGGCCCUGAGAUUCGUCGUGCAAUAUCUGGGGACCUGACAGCAGAAGAAGAACUGGAAAAAGCGAUGAAAGAGGCUGCUUCAGCUGCCUCAGAAGAUGACAUUUUCAGGAGGGCUGGUGGUUUAUUUGGGAACCAUGUUGGCUAUUAUCCAAGUGAUUGUAGAGGUUCCUUUCCACAAACGUUCACUACACAGCGUCCUUUGCACCUCAAUAAAUCAGGAACCUCUCAAGUUGAAGUAGAAUCACCAUCACAUGAGAAACUGGUUGAUUCAACCUUCACUCCAAGCAGCUAUUCAUCAUCUGGGUCAAAUGCCAAUAUCAACAAUGCCAAUAAUACUGCAAUAUCCAGAUUCCCAAUUCCAGUCAACUACCAAAGCACCGUCAGCACAGUGGAUGGUCAUAGCAAUUCACUGACUUCAGCACUUAUAUUGCAAGGCACAACAUGGAGGAUCAAUCCCAAAAGGACUCGGUAUUACGAAACACUGGUACGUUCAGACUCUGAAGAUAGCAGUUUGCCAAUUAUUCAGCGAGAGGAAGCAUAUCCUGAUGAAAUUUAUGAUGAGAACUUCAAUGAAGAUCCCGAUUGCUGCAGUGAAGACAGCAUACUUUCUUCACAACUGAAUUCAUAUAAAGAACAUGAUGAAAAACAGCUCACUCCACCAGUGGACUGCUGUGAGGCAAGUGAUAAAAAGACCCUGUCUCCUUCAAAAGGACUUCUUUCAGCAACAUCAUUAGGGAGAAGAUCAUCAUUUCACCUGGAGUGCCUAAAGAGACAGAAGAAUCAGGGCUUGGAAGUUCCUUGCACAACUCCACUCUCUCAGAGGACAGCAUUCCCACUACAUUUAAUUCAGCACCAGGCAUUGGCUGUUGCAGGACUAAAUCCACUGCUGAGGAGAAGCCAUUCUCCAACACAAUUUUCCAGAGUGUGCGCCACACCUCCAACAACUCCAUGUAGUAGAAGGAGAUUGCAACAUCGUAUUCCAACAUUAUUUCUUGAUGGCAUUGAAUCCUACGAGAAACUAAACAGCAGCCUUCCAUCAGUAAACUGUAGCUCAUGGAACUCUGACAACUCAACUGGAAAUAACAAAAAAACCAGGCCAGUCUCUCUGAAUGUACCUUAUCCUUUCAGGGAAACCGGAACAGAGUUUCAUGGCAGUGCUAGUAGUUUAGUAGGGGCGGUCCUGAUCUCGGAAGGGCUUGGUCGAUAUGCACAAGAUCCAAAAUUUGUUGCUGCAACAGCCCAUGAAAUUGCAGAUGCUUGCGAUAUGACAAUCGAGGAGAUGGAAAAUGCAGCAGGCAAUUUACUUAAUGGCAAAGCUAAGGGUAGCCCAAAUGGUAAUCUGUUACCCUUUGUGAACUGCAGAGACUACCAGCAACAGGAUAUUGUGCAAGAUUGCACAGAAGAAGGGCAGGACUGUGAAAAAAGUGAUAAGCAAUUUGCAGACGAGAUGAUUUAUGUAAGCACCCUGUAGUAUAAGAAGAUGGUUACAUUAUUUGCUUCAAUCAGUUUGUUUCAGAAGUGCCUCACUGUUCUUGUACAUGAAGUAACUAGAACAGCUGCUUUCUUCAUUUGCUAUUGUGAAUUGGAAGUUGAGUUGAGCAAUUGGAGCUCUGAAUGCUUUUUUAAAAAAAUUAAAACCACCAUAAAAAUCACAAUUUCAGGUAACAAAGUGGCAUGACCUUUGAAACUGCAGCAGAGAUACUAUCCAACAUCUCAAAUAUGCUCAAAGAUUGUCAGAAUUUGAGUAUAUAGGAGGGACUCUGGAGAUGAUGAGUGUCUAACUGACUGGUUGGCCAAACAACAUCUAAAUAAGCCUUGGUUUUAGACAGAAAUGCAAAUGAGGGUACACACCAUGCAUGUAUGCACACAAAAUAUAACUUUUGAAGGAUUUGUUCCUCCCAGCAUAUAUAGAAUACCUCAAAGUACAAUUUCUUGAUUCUUACACCAUGAAGUGAGAGAAGUUAAGAGAUAGAUGCUGUUUGGGAAAGAAAAGAAGAAAUGUAUCACAGUUCACAAAUGCAUUAUCUGUCUCUGCUUCACUUUUAAUGAUGUAGAACGUGUCAAUAAAAUGGUCUUUUUAAAAGUGUUUAUAGCUAGACUGUGAGCUGUUUCGCAUACUGUUCAUCCCAUUUAUUUCCACUCCGAUUGUAUUCUGAAAGCAGGGUAAUUUCUUAAUUUUGAUGUGGCUUGUUGGUGUUUUAGCAAUUCUUUGACUUUCUGCAUUUCCUUACUUUCAUGAUGGAUUUUUUU